AUAUAAAGUAAGGUGGAGCACCAGUUGGGUUAUACUGUUUUAAGAAAUCGUUCCUGAAUUUUUUAGAAGCUUAAAAAUGCUGAUUGAAAAGAUCACCGAGUUUGCUAUUCCCCCGAAGUGUCCUUUUGCACAGACCGAAUACCCAACUGGAGUGAAAUUGACCAACUAUACAUCUGGAAAAAGAACUACUGACGUUUUGCAUACCCGUUCACAAAAAAUAAAAUGCUCAGAAGAUACUUGCAUGGGUUCCUUGAUGACAGGCCAAUCCGGCGAUCCCGGAUGCAGGUCAAAAGGGGACAUUUUGGAAGAAGCCUUGAAAUUUCAAGAACUCUACUGGUCCACCAUGAAGGCAGCUUCUCCAGAAGACCUGAGCAAUCGAAUGAAUGAAAUUACGGAAGAAGUGAUGAAAACCGGCACCUACAACAUGAAAAUGGAGGAAAUGGAAUUUGGAGCUAAAAUGGCAUGGCGAAAUGCAUCCCGUUGCAUUGGUAGGAUCCAGUGGAACAAACUGCAUUUACAAGAUUACAGAAACAUCACCACAACAAAAGAAAUGUUCGAGGCCAUCUGUAAGCAUCUCGAAUAUGCAACCAACGGAGGAAACCUCAGAUCCACUAUCACAUUGUUCCCCCCACGGAUACCUGGGAGAGAAGAUUUUCGAGUAUGGAAUCCGCAGCUUAUCAAUUUUGCAGGUUAUCUUCAGCCAGAUGGAUCGGUUAUUGGUGACCCAGGAAGACUUCAAUUUACAAGAGUUUGCCAACGUCUCGGAUGGAAAGGCAAAGGUGGAAAAUUCGAUAUAUUGCCUAUUGUAGUGUCUGCUCCUGGCGAAGGUGCCAAAUUUUAUGAAUUACCUGAAGAAUUGGUCAUGAUGAUAGACAUUGAGCAUCCAAAAUACGAGUGGUUCAAGGAGCUUGGCAUUCGCUGGUACGCUGUUCCUGCUGUAUCUGAAAUGAUGUUGGACAUGGGUGGCAUCUGCUUCACGGCAGCUCCUUUCAACGGAUGGUAUAUGGCAACUGAAAUCGGAGCAAGAAAUCUAUGCGAUAUCCAGAGAUAUAAUAUUUCUAAGGAAGUUGCUGAAAAAAUGGGCAUUGAUACUAUGACACAUUCAACUCUUUGGAAAGAUAUCGCUUUAGUCGAAACAACUCUUGCUGUUUUACAUUCAUUCCAGAAAAACAAGAUAACAAUCGUGGAUCACCACACCGCAGCUGAUACUUUUAUGAAGCACAUGGAGAUGGAACUGGCCACUAGAGGCGGUUGUCCAGCAGAUUGGGUAUGGAUCGUACCACCAAUCAGUGGUUCCAGCACCCCCGUUUUCCACCAGGAGAUGAUCAACUACAACCUGAAGCCCAGCUAUGAGUAUCAGGAGAAGGCUUGGAAAGCAUACAAAUGGCCAGAAAAUGAUAAAAUUAAACUCAAGUACUCUUUUGCCAGUAUUGGAAAGGUCGUACGUUUAUGUUUGAGCAUGAUGUCUAAAGUGAGACGUGGCAGAAUCCAAGCAACUAUUUUAUAUGCAACUGAAACAGGAAAGUCAGAGACGUUUGCCAGGAAACUUGCAAAUGUGUUACAUUCUUCCUUCAACACAAAGGUAUUAUGCAUGGAUGAAUAUGACACCAAUGAUUUGACAUCUGAAGAUUUUAUUGUCAUCGUUGCAAGCACUUUUGGUAGUGGUGAGCCCCCGGAUAACGGCAAGAGUUUCUGGAAAAGUUUAAAAGAGAUGAAAGAGAAGAAAAUGUCUCUGAAGAAUUUAAAAUUCUCCGUAUUUGCUUUGGGAUCCAGUUCAUACCCAUAUUUCUGCAACUUUGGAAAAAAUGUCGAUAGCAUCCUUUCAGAUCUUGGCGGUCAAAGAAUUAUGCCUGUGGAGUUAGGCGAUGAGCUAGGAGGGCAAGAACAUACUUUUAAUCAAUGGAUUCCUUCUAUUUACAAGAAUUCAUGCAAAGAUUUCAACAUUGAACUCAGUGAUGAUAUGAUUGUGCCUAUGAUGGAUAUCAAUACAUGGAAAAGUGGACAGUUCCGAUUAAGGGAAUCGAAUGUGAAACAAAAAGACCUGUUGACAGAAAUUUCGACACUUCACAACAAAAAGCUUUUCCCUGCCCGCGUUACUUCUCGUGCAAAUCUAAAAGCUCCGGAAGCAGAGAAUCAGACUGUAUUGGCUGCUCUCUCAGUUCAAACUUCCCCUCUGACUACUUAUGAGCCUGGGGACCACAUCGGCAUUUACCCUUCAAAUCCACAAACAAUUGUUGAACCAAUUCUGCAGAAAAUGAAGCAAUCUGGCGUUAAUGUCGAUGAUACUAUACAAACAGAAUGCCUGAAAAAUGAUUCAUGGGAAGCUUUCAAGCGCCUUCCACCAGCCAGUCUUCGAACAUAUUUGACCAAUUAUUUGGACAUCACAACUCCUCCUACAGCUAGCUUCCUCCUGCUGCUAUCUGAAAUGGCAACUGACUCUUUCCAUAAGCGCAGGCUUCAAAAAUUGGCUGAAGAUAAUGAUGAUUAUGAAGCUUGGAAAUCCUCUUUGUAUCCAAACUUGGCAGAAAUAUUGGAAGAGUUUUCAUCUAUUGAACUUGAUCCAACUCUCCUCAUAUCAGAGCUACCUCUUCUUCAACCUCGCUACUACAGCAUCAGCUCCUCACGAUUGGCUAGCCCCAAUGAGAUUCAUAUCACAUUCUCGAUGGUGUCAUACAGGACAAAAGACAAUCUUGGCCCAAUGCAUUACGGUGUUUGCACAUCCUACUUAAGUAAGGUGACAAAUGAAGAUGUACUUUGCUACAUAAGAAGUGCACCAAGAUUCAGGCUUCCAGAAGACUCAAGUGCCCCACUCAUAAUGGUAGGAGCCGGUAGUGGCAUUGCGCCCUUCAGAAGUUUCUGGCAGGCAAGAGAUGCUCUUUUCGAGAAAAGCAAGAAAGACUCCAACAUAUCCCCUCUGGGAAAGAUGUUCCUCUUUUUCGGCUGCAGACAAUCCAAAUUAGAUGACAUCUACAAAUCAGAAACAACACGCCUAGUGAAGAAAGGAGUCCUAACCCAUGUUUUCACUUCCUAUUCCCGAGAGCCAGGACAGGAAAAAGAAUAUGUGCAACACAGGCUCGAAAAGGAAUCCGAAGUAGUGUUGGAUGUUCUGAGCAACGGUGGGCACAUUUACGUUUGUGGAGAUGCUGUUAUGUCAGGAGAUGUGCGAACCGUCAUCAACAGGAUUUUGAGCAAUGCAAACAAAAGCAUGGACGUUGAUUCACUUGUGGAAAGUGGACAUUUCCACGAAGAUGUCUUCGGAGUGUUGCACAAAAAAUGAACUUUAACAAAACGAAAAUUAAAAACAAAACAUCUAUUAUCAUUAUUAGUGUCAACAUUAUUAUCUUGUGUGCUGAAAAUAAUUUUGUAUAAGAUUUUUUAUGUGUGUUUUAAAUUUGUGAAUUUGUUUUGUGAUCGAAAUCAACUCUACGUGAUUUUGCUCUGUGAUAUAUAUUUUUGCGUGCUAUUGUCGGGUAUAUAUAUUUUUCUUCUAGAGGACGAUUCCAUUUGUAAUAUUGGAAUGUUAUUCAUUGUAUUAAAAAAAUCAUUACCUCUUGAUGAAUUUUAUAUACGAUUGAAAUAAAAAAAAAACUUAAAAAACA